CGGUGCUUCAAGCAGAGGGGAAGGCGGUGCCUGCCAGUCGAUGGGCUGGGCUGGCUGCCAACCGGACUGGCAGACUUAACGGUCCCCGCUGGCUGCUCUUGGGCUCCAGGGGUAUCCCCUCCGGCCCCCUGGGCUGUGGUCCAGGCCCCCUAGGGUUGCUCUCGACCUUCAUACGCACCCAUCUCUCCUCCCUGCAUCUUUUGGGGAGUCCCCGACUGUCCCCAUCCCUCCCUCGACCUCCAGCAGUCCGCCCCCGCGGCCCCUCCAGCCGCAGCCUCCUCCUCGAUUGUCUGUGCUCCCCCAUUCCCGGCGCCCUCCUCCUCCUCCUGCACCCCAGGGCCCCCCAGCAUGCAAGUGUCCAUCGCUUGCACGGAGCAGAACCUCCGCAGCCGGAGCAGCGAGGACCGACUGUGCGGGCCCCGACCCGGCCCUGGGGGUGGUGGCAACGGGGGGCCGGUCGGCGGGGGUCAUGGCAACCCUCCGGGGGGCGGAGGGUCCGGCCCCAAGGCCCGGGCAGCCUUGGUCCCCCGACCCCCAGGGCCUGCGGGGGCCCUCCGAGAGAGCACCGGCAGGAGCACUGGCAUGAAAUACAGGAAUCUAGGAAAGUCUGGUCUUCGGGUAUCCUGUCUUGGCCUAGGUACCUGGGUCACAUUUGGUUCUCAGAUCUCGGAUGAGAUAGCAGAGGAUGUGCUGACAGUAGCUUAUGAGCAUGGUGUGAGCCUCUUUGACACAGCCGAAGUCUAUGCAGCAGGACAGGCUGAAAGAACUCUAGGCAAUAUCCUCAAAAGCAAAGGCUGGAGGAGGUCAAGUUAUGUCAUCACCACAAAGAUUUUUUGGGGAGGACAGGCAGAAACUGAACGAGGCUUGAGCCGCAAACACAUCAUUGAGGGCUUACGAGGCUCCCUGGAACGUCUCCAGCUUGGAUAUGUGGACAUUGUCUUCGCCAAUCGCUCAGACCCUAACAGUCCUAUGGAGGAGAUUGUGCGAGCCAUGACCUAUGUCAUCAACCAGGGCCUGGCCCUAUACUGGGGGACAUCCCGAUGGGGGGCUGCAGAAAUCAUGGAGGCUUACUCCAUGGCCAGACAGUUCAAUCUGAUUCCUCCGGUGUGUGAACAAGCUGAGCAUCACCUGUUUCAGAGAGAAAAGGUGGAGAUGCAACUGCCAGAGCUCUACCACAAGAUUGGUGUUGGCUCAGUCACCUGGUCUCCAGUGGCCUACAGCCUGAUCACUAGCAAAUAUGAUGGACGAGUCCCAGACACUUGCAGAACCACCAUCAAGGGCUACCAGUGGCUCAAAGAAAAAGUGCAGAGUGAAGAUGGAAAGAAACAACAAGCCAAAAUCAUGGACCUUCUGCCCAUGGCUCACCAGCUGGGUUGCACGGUAGCCCAGCUAGCUAUUGCCUGGUGUCUCCGCAGUGAAGGAGUCAGUUCAGUCUUGCUGGGGGUGUCCAGUGCUGAGCAGCUGGUAGAACACCUGGGCGCCCUCCAGGUGCUGAGCCAGCUGACCCCUCAGACGGUGAUGGAGAUCGAUGCGCUUCUGGGCAACAAGCCGCACCCCAAGAAAUAGCCCGUUGAGAGAAGAGAGACCCGCUUUCCCGUGCAGCCUCGUCCCCACUGAGGAGCCUGCAGCGGGGAUGGCCCCGCCCCUAAAGAGUCCCGGCUUCGAGUAGCGAUGCGCAUGAGCCAAACAAAGCCAUAUCCUUCCGCAGUGGGGCUGGCAGAGAAAGUAGUCCUAGGCCUUCUUUGCUCUCUCCCAGGCAUGAGCUACUUACUGGAUCGCACCUCUUUGCCACCUGGUCUCACUCCCUUCAACCAACCAACCAACCAACCAACCAAUCAACCAACCAACCAACCAAUCAAGGCCAAGGCCCAGGGAAUUGGAGGGAUCAAAGUGGUGGUGUUGAGGGGUAAAAGAGUCAUGUUAGAAACCUCCAAAGGAGUCCUUGAACUAGCAAGGAUUCAUCAGCUAAGAAGUGAUAAAGAUGUCAUUACAGUACAAAAGAAAUGGAGCUUUGAAGUUAACCCUGUUGAAGGAAGCCAGGCUGGUCCUGGCAACAAGUAAAUGAAUGACUCUUUCAUCAACCAGUAGGACCCUGCCUCCCAGCCAGGAGGUGAGGAGUGGUUAAAAUGCCAUGCAGUGUUCAAGUUUUGUUCUGCAGAAUGACAAGAAAGCAAACGUAUAAUGCUGCUGGCAAAAAAUGGGAGGUAGACUUUGGAUCCUUGAACUGAAUUUCCUACCUGGCAGUAGAGGACUGCAUUCUUCCUCUUGGCAAUAAUCUUAAAGCAAUAACAGUGGUCCCUGUUUGGAACUGUAAAUAAAAUCUCAAUUUGAUCCUCA